UUAGUAAAUCAUGUUUUUAAUACUUAGCGAUCGUUUGCGACACUGCACUCAGGUAUGCAGACGACGUUUUUUCAUGCUGUGACAGUUCUGGAGAGAAGUAUAGGAAAGGAAAAAGCAUUCUUAACGAAGAACAACGAAAUCCGAGCCAAAAUUUUUCUAGAUUUUGCCAGCUUUAUCACAUAUGUUCAGAGCAGUAUAUUCUGGCUCAGGCGCCAUUCGAUGGUGCCACUCAAACCGACUUCUAUCGCAUGCUUAACCAGAUUCGUCCAAACUCCAUAAUUCGACGGGCGAUCGGACUUGAUAAUAAAAGUAUUCUAAUUGUGGUUUGCAAAGACGGAUGCAGUCGCUGUGGCUUCUUCUGUCUUCUUGAUAUUGAAGCCGAAAGAUUUCGUACAAAAGGACGUAUGAAGUUUGGGGACACCCUCCGACAUAUACGGUUUUUCAGCUGCCAACGCAGUAACUGCUUCGACACGCCGGAUCUGUUUGAAACGGCAAUCACCUUGAUAAUGCACUUGGCGAAGAAGUACUAUGACAAGAACGAUAACGCGGCAAUAAGUUGA